AUGGCUCGGCCGCCGCCACUCCAGGAGCUGCCCCCUGUCUAUACACCCCCAGCUCGAGCCGCAUCACCCCAGAUCCUAGCUGGGAGCCUAAAGGCUCCACUCUGGCUUCGUGCUUACUUCCAGGGCCUGCUCUUCUCUCUGGGCUGCGGGAUCCAGAGACACUGUGGCAAAGUACUCUUCCUGGGCCUGUUGGCCUUUGGAGCCCUGGCACUGGGUCUCCGUGUGGCCAUCAUUGAGACAGACCUAGAACAGCUCUGGGUGGAAGUGGGCAGCCGGGUGAGCCAGGAGUUGCAUUACACCAAGGAGAAGCUGGGGGAGGAGGCUGCGUACACCUCCCAGAUGUUGAUACAGACCCCACACCAGGAGGGGGAGAACAUCCUCACGCCUGAGGCACUGGGCCUCCACCUCCAGGCAGCCCUUGCAGCCAGUAAAGUGCAAGUAUCACUCUAUGGAAAGUCCUGGGAUUUGAAUAAAAUCUGCUACAAGUCAGGAAUUCCCCUAAUUGAAAAUGGAAUGAUUGAGCGGAUGAUUGAGAAGCUGUUUCCGUGCGUGAUCCUCACCCCCCUCGACUGCUUCUGGGAGGGAGCCAAACUCCAAGGGGGCUCUGCCUACUUGCCUGGUCGUCCUGACAUCCAGUGGACCAACCUGGAUCCAGAGCAGCUGCUCAAGGAGCUGGGCCCUUUUGCCUCCCUUGAGGGCUUCCGGGAGCUGUUAGACAAGGCACAGGUGGGCCAGGCCUAUGUGGGGCGGCCCUGUCUGCACCCUGAUGACCUCCACUGCCCACCUACUGCCCCUAACCAUCACAGCAAGCAGGCUCCCAAUGUGGCUCAGGAGUUGAACGGUGGCUGCCAUGGCUUCUCCCACAAGUUCAUGCACUGGCAGGAGGAACUGCUGCUGGGGGGCAUGGCCAGAGACGCCCAAGGACAGCUGCUAAGGGCAGAAGCCCUGCAGAGCACCUUCUUGCUGAUGAGUCCCCGCCAGCUGUAUGAGCACUUCCGAGGCGACUACCAGACACACGACAUCGGCUGGAGCGAGGAGCAGGCUGGCACAGUGCUGAGGGCCUGGCAGCGGCGCUUUGUGCAGCUGGCCCAGGAGGCCCUGCCUCAGAAUUCAUCCCAGCACAUCCAUGCCUUCUCCUCCACCACCCUGGAUGACAUCCUGCACGCUUUCUCUGAAGUCAGUGCUGCCCGUGUGGUGGGAGGCUAUCUGCUCAUGCUAGCCUAUGCCUGUGUGACGAUGCUGCGCUGGGACUGUGCCCAGUCCCAGGGUGCUGUAGGCCUUGCAGGGGUGCUGCUGGUAGCCCUGGCAGUGGCCUCGGGCCUCGGGCUCUGUGCCCUGCUUGGCAUCGCCUUCAACGCUGCCACUACCCAGGUGCUGCCCUUCUUGGCACUGGGCAUCGGUGUGGAUGACAUAUUCCUGCUGGCACAUGCCUUCACAGAGGCUCCACCUGGCACCCCUCUCCAGGAGCGCACAGGCGAGUGUCUGCGGCGCACAGGUACCAGCGUCGCACUCACAUCCAUCAACCACAUGGUUGCCUUCUUCAUGGCUGCCCUAGUUCCCAUCCCUGCACUGCGGGCCUUCUCCUUGCAGGCGGCCAUAGUGGUUGGCUGCAACUUUGCAGCCGUGAUGCUUGUCUUCCCGGCGGUCCUCAGCCUGGACCUGCAUCGGCGCCACUGCCAGCGCCUCGACGUACUCUGCUGUUUCUCCAGGUACCAUCCCUGCAUCCCCACCCCACCAGGCCUCAUCUCCUCGGGCCCCAUCACUUCCUGUCCCCUCACCAGCAUUUCCACAGACCUGCCACCCCCACUCUCUGCCUCUUCCAGCCCCUGCUCUGCCCGCGUGAUUCAGAUUCUGCCCCAGGAACUAGGGGAUAGGACAGUACCAGUGGGCAUUGCCCACCUGACUGCCACAGUUCAAGCCUUUGCCCACUGUGAAGCCAGCAGCCAGCAUGUCGUCACCAUCCUGCCUCCCCGGGCCCACUUGGUGCCCCCACCUUCUGACCCACUGGGCUCUGAGCUCUUCAGCCCAGGAGGGUCCACACGGGACCUUCUAGGCCAAGAGGAGGGGACAAGGCAAAAGGCAACGUGCAAUUCCCUGCCCUGUGCCCGCUGGAAUCUUGCUCAUUUCGCCCGCUAUCAUUUUGCACCCUUGCUGCUCCAGUCACACAGCAAGGCCAUGGUGCUGGUGCUCUUUGGGGCUCUUCUGGGCCUGAGCCUCUACGGAGCAACCUUGGUGCAGGAUGGGCUGGCCCUGACAGAUGUGGUGCCUCGGGGCACCAAGGAGCAUGCCUUCCUGAGCGCCCAGCUCAGGUACUUCUCCCUGUACGAGGUGGCCCUGGUGACACAGGGUGGCUUUGACUACGCCCACUCCCAACGCGCCCUCUUUGAUCUGCACCAGCGCUUCAGUUCUCUCAAGGCCGUGCUGCCCCCGCCUGCCACCCAGGCGCCCCGCACCUGGCUGCACUAUUACCGCAACUGGCUACAGGGAAUCCAGGCCGCGUUUGACCAGGACUGGGCUUCUGGGCGCAUUACCCGCCACUCAUGCCGCAAUGGCUCUGAGGAUGGGGCCCUGGCCUACAAGCUGCUCAUCCAGACCGGGGAUGCCCAAGAGCCUCUGGAUUUCAGCCAGUUGACCACAAGGAAGCUAGUAGAUAAGGAGGGGCUGAUCCCACCCGAACUCUUCUACGUGGGGCUGACCAUGUGGGUAAGCAGUGACCCACUGGGCCUGGCAGCCUCACAGGCCAACUUCUACCCCCCACCUCCUGAGUGGCUGCACGACAAAUAUGACACUACGGGGGAGAACCUUCGCAUCCCGGCGGCCCAGCCCCUGGAAUUUGCCCAGUUCCCCUUCCUACUGCAUGGCCUCCAGAAGACUGCGGACUUCGUGGAGGCCAUUGAGGGGGCCCGAGCAGCAUGCACCGAGGCAGGCCGGGCCGGGGUGCGUGCCUACCCCAGUGGCUCCCCCUUCCUCUUCUGGGAGCAGUAUCUGGGCCUGCGGCACUACUUUUUGCUGGCUAUCUGCAUCCUGCUGGUAUGCACUUUCCUCGUCUGUGCCCUGCUGCUGCUCAAUCCCUGGACGGCUGGUCUCAUAGUACUGGUCCUGGCGAUGAUGACUGUGGAGCUCUUUGGCAUCAUGGGUUUCCUGGGCAUCAAACUGAGUGCCAUCCCCGUGGUGAUACUUGUGGCCUCUGUAGGCAUUGGUGUCGAGUUCACAGUCCAUGUGGCUCUGGGCUUCCUGACCACCCAGGGUAGCCGGAACCUGCGGGCUGCCUGUGCCCUAGAGCACACAUUUGCUCCCGUGACCGAUGGGGCCGUCUCCACAUUGCUGGGUCUGCUUAUGCUUGCUGGUUCGAACUUUGACUUCAUCAUAAGGUACUUUUUCGUGGUGCUGACAGUGCUCACACUCCUGGGCCUCCUCCAUGGGCUCAUGCUGCUGCCUGUGCUGCUGUCCAUCCUGGGCCCCCCACCAGAGGUGGUACAGAUAUACAAGGAGAGCCCAGAGGUCCUCAGCCCUCCAGCUCCACGGGAAGGAGGACUCAGGUGGGGGUUGUCCCCCACCCUGCCCCAGAGCUUUGCCAGAGUGACUACCUCCAUGACAGUGGCCCUCCACCCACCCCCGCUGCCUGGUGCCUACAUCCACCCAGCCUCUGAUGAACCCACUUGGUCCCCGGUUGCCACACCAGCUGCCAGCGGCUCCAACAACCUCAGUUCUAGGGGACCAUGCCCAGCCACUGGGUGA